AUUUGUUUCAUAACUCGCAAGAAGGAAUGCUACAAUAUUGCCAGGCAACUGUAGAAGCACAUUUCAUCAGUGACGCAUCUUCAAUGGUACGACUCGUCAACUACUUUGGGAUAUGUAGAGGGAAAGAAUAACCAUCUUCGCUUCUUGGAUAUCUACUGCAGUCUCUUAUUUAUAUCAAGUCGAACUGGGAAAUGACAGAAUCUUACUGGAAGUAACAUACUGAAAGAACCUUUCUACCCCUUCAAGACCGAAACUGAGGAUAUUUUAUAAUUUCACUUUGGAGUAUCGCUAUUAUCUGAUCGAGGAUUAUAGAGAGGAGGACCGAGUUCAUAAACCUGACUUGACGGGACGUUACCCCUGAGGGGUCUUACUAGACACGAGUGGAAAUACGCUUCAAUUCAUCCUUGUGGUCUUUUGCCGAAGUCUCAUACUCUUUUAAGACACUACACUUUUUUUUCUCUUGGAGUUAGUUUUGAUGAGGAUAUUGAGAUGAAACUUGAGUGGUUUGUAGCGUUUUUCUUCAUUCCUACUGCCAGCUUACUCGCUAAGAAGACUACAGCGGCAUCAAGUACAAAAUGGUGGAGCAUGGUGCUAUCACCAAGUAUGACGAACAGUGUGACAGACACACAAGGUAUCAUCAACAUCAUAGAUCCCAAAUUGAAGAUUUUAAACAAACGUCAAAGAAGAUUGGUCUCACAGAAUCGAGGGACCUUAGCCGCUAUUAACAGAGCAGUCAAGAUGGCUGUAUCAGAGUGUCGAUACCAGUUUAAAGAGAGGAGGUGGAACUGUCCAACCUUUAACAAAGAUAGAGGUCCAGAGAGUCUGUUUGGAAAGAUUUUGAAUAGUGGUUGUCGAGAAACAUCAUUCAUCUACUCAAUAACCAGCGCAGCAGUGACACACUCCGUAGCGAGGUCGUGUAGCGAAGGAACGAUCGAGUCUUGCACGUGUGAUUACAAGUUCCGUGGUGACAGCGGAAACGAUUGGGAGUGGGGCGGCUGCAGUGACAACGCUGACUUCGGCCACCGAUUCGGCAAGAAGUUCGUAGACUCGGGCGAGAAAGGACGAGAUCUCAGACAUGCUAUGAACCUACAUAAUAACGAAGCAGGCAGAAAAACUGUAUCCAGUGAGAUGCGUCGAGAAUGUAAAUGCCACGGGAUGUCGGGGAGUUGUACCAUAGAGACAUGUUGGAUGAGACUACCAACCUUCAGAACGGUGGGUGAGCUCAUCAAAGAGCGUUUCGACGGCGCCUCCCGCGUCACCAUGAGAAAUGACGGCAGUCCGAGCGACCGCGAAACCGAAUCAAGCUUCGUGCCUUACAACCCAUCUCACAAGCAGCCAGCCUCACGAGAUCUGGUGUAUUUCGAAAACUCGCCUGAUUUUUGCGAGCGGAAUGAUAAGUUCGGCACGCCCGGAACGAGAGGGCGGGAAUGCAACGCCACGUCACUGGGCGUGGAUGGGUGCGAUCUUAUGUGCUGCUCGAGAGGGUCUACGACAACUGAAAUCAAGGUCAAAGAGAGAUGCAGUUGCACGUUUCAUUGGUGCUGUAAAGUAAAAUGUGAAGAGUGCACGUCGUUUCGGACCGUGCACAGAUGCUUGUAGUCAAGGGAACCAUGUCUGGUUUCCAUGCAGGAGUACCAGGCGUGAUGAAGAACUUGGUAAUGACUGAACUGAGGUGCAGUAUGAAAUCUUGACUUCUACAUGAAAUGGCACUUCACAUCAAAGGACUCGUGAACAUUCGAAGAUAUUUCGAAUCUCGAUGGGCAGGCUAUUGUUUUGAUAUAAAUUAUCAAAUAAUCAAUAUAAAUGUUUCCUGUCCAUCAAUAGCCUGAAAUACGUGAUUAUGAAUGAAACCUUCUACACUUUGUUAUUUAAGAUCACUUAAAUGAAUGGUCAUUUUGCAGCGUGUACGCAAUGAGUUGGACUCUGUUCAUGUCGUUUGGCAAAGGCACGUAGAGCGCAGACGUAUAUCAACAGCUGAUUGGCUGGAAAUCCAUGUCACGUGACAUUCUGUUCAAGCAAAUCGAAGAAAAGCAUGCACAAAUGGAAGACGCCAUAAUUAUUACCCGCAUCGCUCUCUCAAUAUCACUCUCUCUGCUGUGGAUUCACUUAUGAAGCUAAUAGUAUAUAAUUGCAUGACAAUGUAUCUAAGAUAGUUAUUAUUUAUGAUGAAUUUGUUUGCAUACUUGAAUUGCUUCCUUGUUUAUGUUUAUAUGUGUAUAAAGUGAUUACUGCAGAGCAACGUGGAAAGGGAACGGUUCAAGUAUACGUGAUUUUAUGUGGUACUACA